AUGGAGGUACACAAGGAAGAUCCCGAGGAGGUCUUCGAGAUGCUCGAGAAGCUGGGCGAAGGGUCGUUCGGGGUGGUGUGCAAAUGCCGAAGCAAAAAGGACAACAAAAUCUACGCCGUGAAGGUGAUUGAAGUAGAAGGCGAGGACGAUUCCGCCAUCAGGCGCGAGAUUGACAUCUUCUCGAGUCUAUGCGACUCCGAUCUCGUCGUACGCUACGGUGGCUGCUACCGCAAGGGCAACAAUCUCCUCAUUGCGAUGGAGUACUGUGACGCGGGCUCGGUCCAGGACGUGAUCAAGAUCCGCAAGCGACAGCUCACGGAGGACCAGAUCGCGGCCAUCUGCGCGCAGGUGGUGCACGCGCUGGUCUACCUGCACUCCAAGCACGUCAUGCACCGCGACAUCAAGUCGGGCAACAUCCUCCUCACUGAGAGCGGCACCGUGAAGCUCGCGGACUUUGGUGUAUCGGCGAAGCUGCAGAACACGAUGGCCAAGAAGAACACGGUCAUCGGCUCGCCCUACUGGAUGGCACCGGAGUACGCCGCCGCCGCCACCGCCGCCGCCGCCGCCACCCAGCGGAUCAUUUCGUCGAAGGCCGACGAGGGCUACGACAUGCGGGCCGACAUCUGGUCGCUCGGCAUCACCGCCAUCGAGAUGGCCGACACCGAACCUCCGCGCUACGACAUCCACUACGCCCGAGUCAUCUUCAUAAUCGCGCAAAAGCCGCCGCCGACGUUCAAGAACGAGAAGGAGUGGUCGGCCCAGUUCCUCGACUUCACCGCCAAGUGCCUCCAGAAGGACCCAAAAGACCGGCCCACCGCCAAGGAGCUCCUUAGCCGCGGUAUGCAAAACAAGGCCAUCGUGGCGCGACUCGUGGGCGAAACGCUGCCCCUCCUGGAGAAGUACCGCCGCGAGAAGGCCGCCCGAGGGCCCGAGGAGCAAACAGACACGUUCGAGGACUCAGACACGAUCGUGCGGGGGAUGGCUACUGUUGAGAUACGAGGGGGGCUGGAUGAGACGGGCAACUCGGGUACCUUCGUCGAGACCGAUUUUGAGGUGGACAAGUCGGGCAAGGGGUACAAAUUUACGAAUCUCAAGGUGUGA